UUGCAAUUACAAGUCUCUCUAUCAACUUCUCGUCAAAUGUUUCACUCUCUGUGUUCCUUCGGAUCUUUCAAAAACCAUAUUCUGGUGAAGAUGAAUCACUUCUCUGAUUCGUGAUUUAUGUUACUCAAUCUAUUUCGCUUCUUGUAGUCACCGAUCUGUAUCGAAUUUUGGUGUGGAUUCAAGCUUCUCAAAUGGAGUUCGAGACUCACGAAGAUGCGUAUUUGUUCUACAAAGACUACGCCAAAUCCGUUGGUUUCGGAACUGCGAAAUUGAGCAGUCGAAGAUCAAGAGCUUCAAAGGAAUUCAUCGAUGCAAAAUUCUCUUGUAUACGCUAUGGAAGCAAGCAACAAUCCGAUGAUGCGAUAAACCCUAGAGCUUCUCCUAAAAUCGGAUGCAAAGCAAGUAUGCAUGUAAAACGAAGACCAGAUGGGAAAUGGUACGUUUACAGUUUCGUCAAAGAGCAUAAUCACGAGCUUUUACCAGAGCAAGCUCAUUAUUUCCGGAGCCAUAGAAACACAGAGCCUGUGAAAUCCACCGAUACUCGUCUAAGGAGGAAGAAGAACAAUCCGUUGACUGAUUGUAAGCAUCUCAGUGCUUAUAACGAUCUUGAUUUUAUAGAUGGUUAUAUGAGGAAUCAACAUGAUAAAGGAAGGAGACUUGUUCUUGAUACUGGUGAUGCAGAGAUUUUGCUUGAGUUUCUUAUGCGUAUGCAAGAAGAGAAUCCCAAGUUUUUUUACGCGGUUGAUUUCAGUGAGGAUCAUCUUCUGAGGAAUGUGUUCUGGGUUGAUGCUAAAAGGAUUGAAGAUUAUAAAAGUUUCAGUGAUGUGGUUUCUUUUGAGACAACUUAUUUCGUGAGUAAAUAUAAAGUACCAAUAGUUCUUUUUGUUGGAGUUAAUCAUCAUGUACAACCUGUGUUGCUUGGAUGUGGAUUGCUUGCAGAUGAUACAGUUUACACUUAUGUUUGGUUGAUGCAAUCUUGGUUAGUGGCAAUGGGUGGUCAAAAGCCUAAAGUUAUGCUUACUGACCAAAACAAUGCUAUUAAAGCUGCAAUUGCUGCGGUUUUACCGGAAACUCGCCAUUGUUAUUGCUUGUGGCAUGUGCUGGAUCGGCUUCCUCGGAAUCUGGAUUAUUGGAGUAUGUGGCAAGACACUUUCAUGAAAAAGUUGUUCAAAUGUAUUUACAGGUCAUGGUCUGAGGAGGAAUUUGAUAGGAGGUGGUUGAAAUUGAUAGACAAGUUUCAUCUUAGAGAUGUUCAGUGGAUGCGUUCUUUGUAUGAGGAGCGUAAGUUCUGGGCACCAACCUUUAUGAGGGGAAUAACAUUUGCGGGGUUAUCAACGCGUUGUCGUUCAGAAAGUGUGAAUUCUUUGUUUGAUAGGUAUGUUCACGCUGAAACCUCGCUUAAAGAGUUCUUAGAAGGAUAUGGGCUAAUGCUAGAAGAUAGGUAUGAAGAGGAAGCCAAAGCAGAUUUUGAUGCUUGGCAUGAAGCACCUGAGUUGAAAUCUCCAUCACCUUUUGAGAAGCAAAUGUUACUUGUAUACUCCCAUGAAAUAUUCAGGAAAUUCCAACUUGAGGUUCUGGGUGCCGCUGCUUGUCACCUGACCAAGGAGAGUGAGGAAGGAACAACUUACAGUGUUAAGGACUUUGACGACAAUCAGAAGUAUUUGGUGGAUUGGGAUGAAUUUAAGUCUGACAUUUACUGCUCUUGCCGUUCCUUUGAGUACAAGGGAUAUCUCUGUAGACAUGCAAUUGUUGUCCUCCAAAUGUCGGGUGUUUUCACCAUUCCGAUAAACUAUGUGUUGCAAAGAUGGACAAAUGCAGCUAGAAACAGACAUCAGAUCAGUGGAAACCUUGAACUUGUGCAGUCUAAUAUCCGCCGUUUCAAUGAUCUUUGCCGCCGAGCCAUUAUAUUGGGAGAAGAAGGAUCUCUUUCCCAAGAAAGUUAUGACAUCGCCAUGUUUGCAAUGAAAGAAGCUUUUAAGCAAUGUGCUGUUAAGAUUACUGCCAUCGAACAUCCCGCCAGGUGUGAAGAAGCUGCAAUUCAAGCAGGACAUCCUGUCCAGGAAGAAAAUCAAUAUGGAUCCACAUCGAAUCAGAUUGGACCCGAACCUAACAUACAUGCAGGCAAUGUUCCAUGGCAAGCUGAAACCAGAAGGGAGAAGAGAAGUAGCCUAAGCAAUACAUCUAAAAAGGCAAAGCAUGUGGCUCAAUCUGAAACUGUUGGUGAGGGAAGCCAAGAAGGAUUUCAGCAUGUGGCUGCUCCAAGACAGUCACAGGCGGUAUUGGCAGGGCAAUUUCACAACACAAUGCCAGGAGUAUUCCAAAACUUAAUCCACACGGGUUUCCAAAACAUUCCGACUACAAAUAUGCACCAGAACAAUCCCCCUGGGUGAACUUGGUAAAAGAAUCACUGCCAAUAAGCUUGAUAGCUUCUUUGUGUGUAAUAUGUUAUCUCCUACUCAACUAGUUUAUCGCUUCUUCCCUGGUUCCACUUGUUCUUAGGAUAAGUUAGUAGAGUAAAUGGUGUAUCUUUUGAUGAACUAUCCUGCGAAAAGGUAUGGUGGGCAUCUGUAUGAAAGCUAAUUAAUUGUCAUGCUUGGAAAAUGCAAGCAGUGUGAGAAAGCUCGUGAACAAUUUCCAGGGCCAUGAUCAGUGACUCACAGACUGGCCGAUUCAAUGAGGCAUUUUAACAUUAUUGAACGAAUGAUCACAUCAACAACUCAUUACUCUAUCUAUCCUCAUCAAGUCUGUCUUCAGGUUCUUUACCUACUGAUAUGCGUUGCCAGGCUCUGUUUUCUCCUGAUAUUUUGAGCCAUGUAAAUGGUUUCCUUUUUAGCUUGAGGAAUUUGCAGAGAGAGAGAUUGUGGAUCUGAUUUGACAGAGAAAUUUUGGGUGAUCUCGACCGUACAAUACCUAUGACUUUUAUGUCCAAUGAAGUUUAAACCAUCAGAUUUGCUAAUAUAUACUUUUU